AUGCUACAAAGUAGACCAUUUAUAACAAUUCUAACUGAUUCCAUGUUACUUGGAAACAGAAAAAUCACAUUAAAGACAAUCAAAAAUCGAGAUUCAAUUCAUCCUUAUUCUCGAAAAGCACAUCAAUUAUCUCGAGUUUAUCAGCGUAGAGAAAAAUUAGCACAACAAGAAAAGAAAAAACAAAAUAAUCCGAUAGGUGAAAGAUGGCUUUGGUUUAGAGAAGCAUUUGGAGAAGAGAAAUCAGCAGCAACAAAGGCUGAGAUGCAUCAAUUAAUAGAACUUUAUCUUCAACGUCAUGAUGAAGAAAUUGAACACUUAGAACAAGAACGACAUAGAGGACAUAAAAAACCAAAGAGCUCACGACAAGAAUUAUUAGAGUCAAUAAGAGAUAGUGAGAAAAAUGAAUAUAUAUCCGGCAUGGAAUUACCUGAUAUGACAAAUGGUAAACUGUUAAAGUUAUUACGGGAAUGGAAUGGAGAUAAAAACGGUAUGAGUCGUAUUGCUACUAUUCGGAUUUAUAAACCAGAAGAAACGAAAGAGCAGCAAGAGACAUCAACAUCUAAUAAGAAUAGCAAAAAGGAUAUGAUGGAAUUAUAAUAAAGUUGUCUUAUUUUAUUAAAGUUGAGAAAUUGAGUCAAGUUAAAGUUUCUCUCUCUGUUAUAGAUAUACCUUAUAAUUUAAUUUGGAACAAAGUAUAGAUUCAACCUAAGCUAAUGGUAAUAAGUAAAAUGUACAUUUUUUUGAGAACGAUACACUGCAAUAGUAUUACAAAAAAUCUUUCCCAAUGAAUAGGACUUGUCAAAAACAGUACCUGCAUAAACAGAAUAUUAUUCAAUUUGGAUGCUCUAUCUUUGUGAUUCUUAAAAAAAAUUUUUCUUUAAGAUGUUACUUACUAAUAUUUUAUAUUUCAUCUAAAUAUUUUUC